UCGUAACAGUACCGCCAUUUGUAAUUUCACGCUUAUAAUUUUCAUUUAAAAUGACUUUUUUUGUCGUUGGAGAAAACACAACUAACUUCAGCAUAUAAUUUAAAUAAGAGAAAUUAUUUAUUUAAAUACCUUUGUUAAGGUUUAAACAAAGAACUUCGUGUUUACGUUGAACGUUUCUUGUACAACCGAAUCUCUUCUGAUUUGCAGAAAAAUAAGAAGAAGACCACAAAAUAUCUUUGAUUAAAAAUUUACGCACAAAUGUCGGAUGAGGAUAUAAUCAAAAAGCGAUUAUUGAUUGAUGGCGACGGAACAGGUGACGACCGUCGACUUAAUAUGUUGCUUAAGCAAUUCCUAAAGUGGAUGUAUUCCAAAAGCGAUUCAGCUGAAAAUAACCAAAUUAUAUAUGAUCGCUUAAUGGCUCAAUUAGCUCAAUGCCAGUUUGCAUCCGCCAAAACUGAACGUACUGGUUUAAUGAUAAACGAAGAGCUGGAAAAUUACCAGAAGUUAUCACAAACUAUAGAGAAAAAUAUAUAUUCCGCUAAACACGAAAUAGAAGAAAGCAAAAAGGAAUUGAUUAUAGCCAAACAGAUACGUAAGAACAAGAUGGAGUACGAUCAAUUGGCUAAAGUAAUCAAACAACAACCCGAUCGCAAAGAAACUGAAAAACAAAUUGAAGUUUUACAAAAAGAACUAACAGAGUUAACAGAGAAGAAGUUAAAACUGGAACGUAAGUUCGAAAAACGGCAAAAGGAUUUCAGUGUACUUAUGUAUGCCAUACGUGAACUGGAAACUCAGUUGGCUGAUGAUAGCUCAAGUGAAGAUGGAGAUAGGAAAAGUGACGACGCUGAAGUAGUAAUAGGCUCUCCUAUCAAUGUAGGUAAAGCGGCUGCAAAUGCUGUUAUAGAAGGCUUAAGUGACGAUGAAAUGGAGGCUGGCUCACAGUCAAGGAAAGGACGACAUCGGGGAUUUUUGGAAAGAGAAAUAAAGCAGGAUUUGGACAUAAAAGAUGAUUACGAUAAUAAAAGUACUAAAGAAUCAUUAUCAGUAGAUGAAGAUGCUAUUUUAGAGUUGAGCAUUGACAAAGAUGAACAGGAUGUGAAGAUGGAGAUAGAUGUAGCGAUGUAGCUUGCUUAAUUUA